AUGGCUCGUCGCGAUCCCACCCACCCAGCAUCGCUCAUGCCGCUCUCACUGCACGACCCCGCAGUAGUGCACUCGCUCAAGAACAAGGUGCAGCCCGAGUUCUAUGACUUUGUCGCCCACAAGUGCGAGACUGUCAUCCGCAUCGAGGAUGAGCUCCCAUCGCCACCAAGCUCGCCUCUUGCGGGCGCGUCAACAUCGUCCACGUCCCGCUGGUGGGAGACUCCACUGCCCGCCAAGGCCAACGGCGAGUACGACGAGCUGCCAUCCCUCGCAGACUUUAUCCGUGGUCUCGUCGCCCAGUCCAACGUGCAGAUGCCCACACUUGCAGUCGUCCUCGUCUACCUCGCUCGCCUCAAGGAGCGUCUGCCACCAGUCGCUCACGGCAUGAAGUGCACCCGCCACCGUGUCUUCCUCGCUGUCCUCAUCUGCGCCGCAAAGUACCUCAACGACUCGUCGCCCAAGAACAUGCACUGGCAGCGCUACGGUCGCUUCUUCUCCCUCGCAGAGGUCAACCUCAUGGAGAAGCAGCUCCUGUACAUUCUCGACUUUGACCUUCGCGUCGAAGAGGUCGCCCUCGCUACCCACCUGCAGCCCUUCUGGAUUGCCCAGCAGAACCGCAUGGUCGCUGCCCGCGCUGCCAUGGCCUACUCGCCCGGCUGCAUGUCGCCUCCCCCGACCCCACCAAACCAGGCCACCACCACUCGUCUCCCAUCAUCAUCCCGCGUCCCCGUCCCUCCUCGUGCAUACUCCAGCGACACCCUCCGCCGCCCCCUCCCUGCCAUCACCCCUGCUCCAUCAAAAGCUCUCCCUGCCACGCCCGUCUCGGACAGGUCACCAUCAGGCGACUACUUUUCCAUCCAGCACCACAACCAGGUCCUGCACGCCCACCACCUCGCACAACACCAGGCCCAUGCCCCUUCCCCGCUCCACUCGUUCUCUCGUCUGCACAUUGACGAGGCCACCCCGGGCCUCCUUCGCCGCGACUCGGGUGCCAGUACCUGCUCGUCGUGCUCGUCGUGCUCUACCAUUGAGAACGGCGGCACCCCGGAGAUCUGGCGCGUCGACGAGAACCAGCAGCAGCAGCAUCAGCAGCAGCAGCAGCAGGUGAACGCCACGCACCAGCAGGUUGCCUCGAAGGGAUACGCCGACGAGAUGAUCGCCAUCGCUACCCCUCCUCCUUCUGGGCCUUCACCAGACUGGAGGAAGCUUGGCCUCCGACAGGCACAUCUUGUCGGGCGGAGGACAGCAUUCUAA